AUGGCGUCGAUGGUGUCAAAAACGCAGAAAACGAAAACGAUUGGGUGGACUGAUAAAGAAGUUGGCCUACUAUUAGACGUUUUUGCCGAAGAGACCAUUCAAAUAGGGCUAGAGAAAGCAAAAUGCCCGAAAGACAAAAAAUGCAGUGUACCUGGAAGUUCAGAAGAAGUUAGAACAGUACGGUAAGUUUUUAUGCUAAAAUCCUUCCUUCUGACAGUUUUAAUCAGGUCACUGUGUUUCAUUUCGCUCUAAUGCUAUUUCGUUUUUCUAGUUGUUUCAAAAAGGAAUGAUGAAAACUGUCGCGGCAAUUACGGACAAAUUGAAAAAACUACGUGCAAAAUACAAAGAUGUGAAGGAUAG